CACUUUAAAAGUAGUUCUGUCAACUAUUUUGGGGGCUGUGGGCCAGUCAUUUAAUCCAUCUGAACCUCAGUUUCCUCUGCUGUGAAAGGGUGAUACCCUCCCUGCCCUGUCCAUCUCAGUUGUUAUGGGGAUUAUGGAAAAAGUUAUAUGUAACGUUAACAUAAGAAAUUUAAAUAUCCAGCUAAAGUGUAAAUGGACAUUAUAAAACAAUCUUUAAAAGAAACAAAGAAACUGUAUAUAUAUGGCUUAUGCAUCACUAGCACUUCGGGUUUCUGAAGCCCCAACGUGAAAUUUCACGAAAGUUGCAUUCCAUGGAAGUUUGCUUCCAUGAUGAAUUUUUUACUUUGUACUCAGCUCCUGAAAAAGAAACUUCCUGGGUUUUCUUUUUUCCUCCUACGGUUUUGCAGCGGCCGGGCUGCUUCCUGUCAAGAGCCACUCUGCCAAGGCCCCGUCUCUAGAGUCUCUCCCCCUCCCCUUUCUCUUUCUUUCCAACACUUGCUACAUUGAGAGGCUGAUCCUGUGCAGAAGCCCUCCCUGCCUCUGCCGCGCGGCGCAGUGAGCAUGCUCGGCCUUCUGCGGGAAGAGGAAGCGGCCGCAUAGGAGUCAUGCCAAGCAUAGCCCGCAUGUCAGCGCUGCCGGCUUGCAGCGGGCUGUGAGCGGGGCCGGCGCCGCUUUGUCCUAGGAAACGGGCUGCGCGUUUCUCUUUUUCACUCUUUUCCAUUUCCAGGAAGGACUUGUAAGGACUUCUGAAACGCUCUUUUCAUACUCCAUCGGGGAUACAGUACAUACACCGUCUACCAGUAAGCCCUUGAAGGGUUUCGUGUGAGCUCGAUUUUUUGUGCCUGGGUUUUUUUUUUUUUUUUUUAAACUUUUGCAUACUUUGUUUUGAUAGUCUGAGGCUGGGCCUCGGCCUUUGUGAAGUUGAAGAGCCAGGAGCUACUCAGCAACAAUUCAUUUUUGAAACUUAACUCUUUUGGGGGCGAAAGCAAAGAGCUGGUUUUCUUUGCUAGCCCAAUAAAUGCUAUUUAUGAAGAUGGACCUGUUGAACUAUCAGUACUUGGACAAGAUGAACAACAAUAUCGGCAUUCUGUGCUAUGAAGGUGAAGCUGCUCUCAGGGGAGAACCCAGAAUGCAGACCCUGCCGGUGGCCUCUGCCCUCAGCAGUCACCGCACUGGCCCUCCCCCGAUCAGCCCCAGCAAGAGGAAGUUCAGCAUGGAGCCAGGUGACGAGGACCUAGACUGUGACAACGACCACGUCUCCAAGAUGAGUCGCAUCUUCAGCCCCCAUCUGAACAAGACUGCCAAUGGCGACUGCCGCAAAGACCCCCGGGAGCGGAGCCGCAGCCCCAUCGAACGCGCCGUGGCCCCCACCAUGAGCCUGCACGGCAGCCACCUGUACACGUCCCUCCCCAGCCUCGGCCUGGAGCAGCCCCUCGCACUGACCAAGAACAGCCUGGACGCCAGCAGGCCGACCGGCCUCUCGCCCACACUGACCCCGGGGGAGCGGCAGCAGAACCGGCCCUCCGUGAUCACCUGUGCCUCGGCUGGCGCCCGCAACUGCAACCUCUCGCACUGCCCCAUCGCGCACAGCGGCUGUGCCGCGCCCGGGCCUGCCAGCUACCGGAGGCCACCAAGCGCCGCCACCACCUGUGACCCCGUGGUGGAGGAGCAUUUCCGUAGGAGCCUGGGCAAGAAUUACAAGGAGCCCGAGCCGGCACCCAACUCUGUGUCCAUCACGGGCUCCGUGGACGACCACUUUGCCAAAGCUCUGGGUGACACGUGGCUCCAGAUCAAAGCGGCCAAGGACGGAGCGUCCAGCAGCCCUGAGUCCGCCUCUCGCAGGGGCCAGUCCGCCAGCCCCUCUGCCCACAUGGUCAGCCACAGUCACUCCCCCUCUGUGGUCUCCUGAAGGGAGCGCCUCCUCCAACAACACGUGGAUCUGCAUGGUUUGCCUGAGCUUUGAACAGUCAGUACUUUAAAAAAAAAAAAAAAAAAAAACAUGGGGGUGGGGUGGGGGGAAGGGAAGGGAUGGUUUAUUCGCAAAAACCAUGAUGUUGGGAUUUUUGUUCUGUUUUUGUACUUGCUUGGUAUCCGUACAAGGGGGCCCUCAAACAUGAUAGCAGGAACUACGUGUGGAACAUCUGUCUAAUGUAGCAUCCUUACUUCCUGCCUCAGUUACCAAAGAAACCUCUGAUGCAGGUCUGCCGCCCCGACGGGGCCAGGACUCCACAGCGCUUUCUCAGUCACAAGCCAUGAUGAAUUGGUGACUCGGACGCUUUGUGCUUUUUCCUUUGCUUCUUGAGACCGGGGUGUGUGUGGCUCAGCUUCCACGGCGUGUUUGGUUCGGUCCGUGUGUGUGCGUGUGUAUACUUGAAGAGAACUGUCGUGUCUGAUUUGCACUAUUGGAGGAGGACUAAAGUUGCCUGACAACUUUAUGUGUGAUGCCAGAACUCUGAGGGCAAACUGCUGAAAAACAAAGGGUUUAAGGAUGACAUUUCUGACCAUUUGUGUGUUUGUUGUUGUUACUGUUUUUGUUUUUUUUUUAAUCUAGACAAUACAGCUUUGGAAGGGGAAGUCUCAUACAGGUUAUAGGUCUUUCUCUCUCUAGAUUUCAGGUGCUUGCAACUGGACUGCAGACUCUACCAAUCACGGGCAUUUUACCUUCUCUGAACACUGCAGUUUGUUAGACUAGAGCUGAGGUUGGAGGAUUCCGUAGUGCUUUAAACGUGAUGCAUGUUUUAAUGGAGAAAAAAUAGCUGGUUUCUAUUAAUUAUAUAGACAGUAAACAAAAACCUUAAUACUUACUAUCUUCUUUUCAGAAUUAGUUUAUUUUUGUCAGUUACAGUCCUAGAUAUACUUACUGCUGGUACAGUUGUACUCUAAGAUUUGUAUUUGAUAUUCACUUUACUCACAAGCAGUGCGGGAGGCCAGCUCCUGGCAGGCCCUCGUGAUGAGCAGUGGGUCAGCUGCGGUGUGGGAUGCUGGAGUUUUGCUGCCGGCUGACAGCAUUUUUGCAUCCCCGUCUGCUUUGUUACAAGCUCCCAGGGGAGGUGGGGUUUGUGUCUUCCAGCUUCCCUACAUGCAGAAACUGCUCCCUUUGAACUCUCUUGGCUGAACAGCAGAUUACUGACAAUCUGUGAUACGGUGUUUUAUACGCUUCCUCGUACGCUGGGGCCAAGGCAGUAUACAUUCCUCUGACUUUAUACUAUUAUUACUGCAUUUUAUUAUUUGCUAUAUUAAUAGCUACUAACUAGAAAUUAGAUGAAGCAAGCAUGACAGACACAGCUGUGGAGGUCACAGCUGCUCCUUUUUGGUCAAUGAGCGUUUCUGUCCCCUCCGCCCGGGGUGUGCUGUGUUCCGCCUGGCCCAGCAGAGGCUCACGACGAUGGCACCUGACCGGGUGACAUGGGUGUGGUCACCUCACCUGCAAGGCUUUGUGGACUCGGCACACUGCACGACCUCUGGUUUUACAGUUUGGCUGUUGAAUUUUGGAAAUUGGCACUGGGUGAAAAGGUCGGAGGACUGGCUCUUGUAGUCACAGGGUGGCUGCAGGCCUUUGAAAAGUGGAGGAAAGAAAAGCCCUUCUCCUUGCCCCGCACACAUUUCACUCCCACUCUACUGGGCUUCCAAGCUUUGGCAUUCAGGCCCCUAUAUUUUCUGUAGGAAAAAUCGUUGAGAACACUUUUUUUAUAUAGGUAAUUUUAAGACCAUCAUUACGCUGUGCGUAAAGAAUGUACAGAGAAAUUUGUAGGUAUUUUUGGAAGAACAUUAAUUUGUUAAUGAUAUGUAGCUAUUUAAUUUUUCCCUUUCCUAUUGUAAUCAUUCAUUUUUUGUUGUUGUUUGGGAAAAAAAAAGUUGAUCUUUUUUUUUGUCGUAGAUUUGUCUGUAAAAGUGCAGGAACACAGUUAUUCUAUGAGAACACUGCAUCUGCAUCAUAGCCACUAGUUUGUUAUUGCUACAGGCUACUGAGCGUCGUAACAGGAAAACAACCCACUGCUGACCGGCUCGGUGGAGGACACUCCUGGGACAGGUCUCUCUGUCAGUGAACAAGGGCGUCACUCUGGGAGGGUCGGCGGUGCUGGUGGCCGGUCCCCUGGUGCACUGACCUAUCUGGGAUAGGCAGUACCCUGGAGGGGGCCUUGGGCAGAGGGGGCAGCAGAAAACCAAACAUUUCACUGAGAAAGAGCCCCCUUCCCCGCUCUAAGAAGGGCUCCGUGAAGUUCUUGCCAGAGCCACGCCGCCUGCAGUGCGCUCUGAGCGUCUCUCCGUGUGUAAAUCUGUAAUAUACCAUUCUCUGUGGCCUGUUUUUCCUGGAAGAAGAAAAAAAGGUUUGGCAGGCCAUCUUUUUUUUGUACUUAAAAGUAGCCUUAAGAACAAUAAUAAAGUGCUCUUAAACCA